CAUUUAUAUAAGCCCACACCCCCCCUACCCUUGUUGUACCGACCGCAAACCGCAACAAAGCUCACGCCUUUGCCUCCCCAAACAACCCACCUUUCGCUUCAUCCUCCUCCUCGCCGCCGGCGAGCUCAGCCAUGAAGGCCAAGCGCCUCCUCAAGCGGCUCUCCCGCGUCGCCGACGACUCCCCCGCCGCCGCGGCGUACCAGCAGCUCCGGCCGAAGCAGGCGGCGGCGGCGGCGGCGGGGGGGAAGGUGCCGCAGGGGCACGUGCCGGUGUGCGUCGGCGAGGAGGGCGGGCCGGUGGAGAGGUUCGCGGUGAGGGCGGAGCUCCUCGGGAGCCCGGCGUUCGCGGCGCUGCUCCGGCGGGCGGCGCAGGAGUACGGGUACGGCCACCCCGGCGCGCUCCGCAUCCCCUGCCCCGUCGCCGACUUCCGCCGCCUCCUCCUCCGCCUCUCCGCCGCCGCCGCCGCCGCCGCCGACGAAGGCGAAUACCCCUCCUCCUACGACUGCUAGCUCGCCGCCGGCGAGACCCGCGGCGCCGCCCUCUUCUUGGCCGGGGCGCAUUUUACGCUCUUCUGCCACUGGAGGCGUGUGGCCACACCAUUUUACCAUUUUACCCCUGGGUAGGAUUAGAGUGUACAUACAGGGAUUGUGAGCUGCUGGUGAUCUGAUUGAUUGCAGAUGAUGGAGGGCAGGAUUGGGAUUUGGGUACUAGAUUUUUCACCUACAGAUUUGUGAUUUCUUUUAUUUACUAUUUGUUACUACUAGCAGUAGUAUUAUCUACUACUAGCUGCUGAUGGAUGGGAAGAACUAUGGGUGUUCAUUUUUUUCUUACCCCCUUGUAGUUCUAGGAUUUGCAGUAGUUUGUGAGAGGGAGGAUUUUGUGGUGUUCAGCAUUAACCAUACAUGUAAUCCUUGAGGCUAGUUUGAUGCCAUUUUAUUAUAUGGAGGUAGUAGUAAUUUUUACUAGAGCACAAUGUUGUUGUGUUUCUUUAA